UUUCUAUUUCCUCACCUCUCCUCGAUCUAACCACCAAAACACCGUGAAUCCCAUCUCAUCUUCACUCUCCGUUUGAUUCUCUUGAUCUGGGAAAGUUAUACGAUUAGUUCGGAAUCUGCUUCGAUUCUUUGUUUUGGGGCGUUGAGAUGGCGGGGCAAAAUCAGGAUCAAUUCAGAUCUUACUUCAGGAAAGCAGAUUUAGAUGGGGAUGGCAGAAUUAGUGGAGUUGAGGCUGUUUCUUUCUUUCAAGGAUCCGGUUUGUCCAAACAAGUCCUCGCUCAGAUAUGGACAUAUGCUGAUCAAAGCCAUAGUGGUUCCCUAAGUAAGCCAGAGUUUUUAAAUGCUCUCAAGCUUGUGGCUGUAGCACAAAGGCGUGAAUUAACACCAGACAUUGUUAAGGCAGCAUUAUUCGGUCCUGCUGCAGCAAAAAUUCCAACGCCACAAAUUAAUUUUCCUUCUACAUCCGCUCCACAGAUGGGUGCAGUUAUGCCAACAUCCUCUUCAAUUCCUGGGUUCAGAGGACCAGGAGCUCCAAAUGCUGGUAUGGGCCAGCAUCAGUUCCCUUCUGUUGUUUUAGCAGAAUGCUUGAAAGGAUUUGGUCCUUGGAAUGCAGUUUUGGAGCCUUUUUCUGGGUGCUAUUGA